GGGCUGUUUUAUACUGUGAGAAAGCGCCAUUCACGAACGCCAGAAUGAACGCGCUCAUAAUAACGUUUAUCAAGCGGAAAUGCAGCACGUUCAGUUCACGUUCGCCCAAAAUAUGAACGAGUUCAUGAACGAUCCUUCCCUAAGCUUGUAGAUGUUCAAUACUGCUCAUAUCAUUGAUUAAAAUCAAAGAGGAACGACUUGACUGUGUGGUCUUUAUGAAGGUCCCGCCCCCUGAUUGUAAUUGCCUGCAGCUGAUCAAAGACACACAGCAGCUGAGCUUAGCGCACAGGUUACAAAUGUAUCAUGCUGAAAGCGGACUGUGGUUUCUGUGCUGGUGAAAGAUGGCAGUGAUGGCAGUUUGGACAACAAUGCUAAUGACAUUUGGAGCCUCUAUGGGGACUACAAAGAUCUCUGCAGAAGCUGGUUUAAAAAUUCCACUGGAUUUGGCUCCAAAUGCUGUAGAUGACAUGUACACUGGCUGCAAAGGACAGAUGGAGGACAGCGUGAAGAAGGAGUACCUGGCCAAUGAGAAAAACAAAGACAAAAAUUUCACAUUGGCCUGGAGUGAGGCAGAAAAAUACUACAACAAAAAAUGGAAGCAUAAAAAAGGAAAGCGACCCUCCACCUCUUUGGGAAAAGAACAGAUUAUGGCAAUUUAUGUUUAUACCCUCGACAAACCAAAAAUCUAUCUUGACUUCAAUAAUGCAGUUCGAACCCAGAAACCUGAGUAUAGGACCACAUUCAGAUAUCACACACUUCACUUCUACCUGACUGACGCCCUCCAAACUCUCAACGCUCGCAAACCUGAAGCAGAAAGAUGCCUCACUGGUUACCGUAGAGUCAACAGCUACUUUAGCCAAGCUGUUCUCAACAAGAUGAUUCGCUUUGGCUCUUUCACCUCCAGCUCGAUGGGUUCAUACCCCAGUGCUGAAAGGUUUGGAGACAAGUCCUGCUUUGAGAUUUUCACCUGCUCUGGAGCAGACAUCUCACUGUACUCUAAGCUUGGGGAGUCGGAGAGAGAAGCCCUGAUUCCUCCUUAUGAGGUCUUUAAAGUUACAAAGAUUAAGAGGAAAUCUGAUGACAAGAGUCUUCCAUGUGAGGUGGUCUACAAAGUGAAAAGCACUGGAAAGACUCUGUCCAGUGUGAAUUGUGCUCUUUUUCAGAAGUAAACAGUCUCAUACAUUUGAUAUAUAACAUUUGUUAAACAUUAAAAUAAUUUAAAAAUAUAUGUACUGAGCUGCACCAAAUUGAAAUCACUUUCAAAAUGCAUUUAGAUGUGGAUUUGAGAAAUUCAAUAAAAGCAUGAUUUUGA